CCCUAGCAGGUUCCACGCACCAGUACGCAUGCUCACAGCUUCAAGGACCAGAGGAGAGGCGGUACCCGACCGCCCACAGCUAGCCCGCACCCGCGGAGGGGCCUGCUCCUCCCAGAAGGCGGCGCGGCCAGCCCCGGCGAACUACGCGGAGGGUUGUGGGGCGGAUAGCUCCCCUCCUGAUGGAGACUCAUGAAACUGGGUGGGCGGGGGACUCAAUAUCCCAGCAUGCCCCGCGGCAGGCCCUACCGGCCGCGACUCCGGGCUUGGCCCCGGCCCUAGCUCGUCGUCGGUGUAUCGGGGCUCGUGGAGGCUGUAGUUACGGUGGCGCCCGCGGGGACGGAGGAGGGAAUGAGUGAAGAGGAGCAGGGCUCUGGCACUAUCACGGGCUGCGGGCUGCCCAGUAUAGAGCAAAUGCUGGCCGCCAACCCGGGCAAGACCCCGAUCAGCCUUCUGCAGGAGUAUGGGACCAGAAUAGGGAAGACGCCCGUGUACGACCUUCUCAAAGCCGAGGGCCAAGCCCACCAGCCUAAUUUCACCUUCCGGGUCACCGUUGGCGACACCAGCUGCACUGUGACUUCCAGUAUUACCCACACCCCUCUCUCAGGUCAGGGCCCCAGCAAGAAGGCAGCCAAGCACAAGGCAGCUGAGGUGGCCCUCAAACACCUCAAAGGGGGGAGCAUGCUGGAGCCGGCUCUGGAGGACAGCAGGCCUGGCUUUUGUGACUUGGCCACCCUGACCCGGCUCCUUCCUGAGAGUUUCCCCUGGUCUGGAAACAGUUCUUUUUCUCCCCCAGACUCUUCACUGCCUGAAGACGCUCCAGUUUUUACCACAGUGGCAGUUGCUGCUCCUGUUCCAUCUGCUGUUCUAACAAGGAGCCCCCCCAUGGAGAUGCAGCCCCCUGUCUCCCCUCAGCAGUCUGAGUGCAACCCCGUUGGUGCUCUGCAGGAACUGGUGGUACAGAAGGGCUGGCGGUUGCCAGAGUACACGGUGACCCAGGAGUCUGGACCAGCCCACCGGAAAGAGUUCACCAUGACCUGCCGAGUGGAGCGUUUCAUUGAGAUUGGCAGUGGCACCUCCAAAAAGCUGGCAAAACGUAACGCGGCAGCCAAGAUGUUGCUCCGUGUGCACACAGUGCCCCUGGAUGCCCGGGAUGGCACUGAGGCAGAGCCGGAUGAGGAUCACUUCUCCAUCGGAGUGGGCUCCCGCCUGGAUGGGCUUCGGACUCGGGGCCCAGGCUGCACGUGGGAUUCUCUGCGAAAUUCUGAAGGAGAAAAGAUCCUGUACCUUCGCAGUUGCUCUCCAGGAUCCCUAGGUGCUCUGGGCUCCGGCUGCUGCAGCAUCCUCAGCGAGCUCUCGGAGGAGCAGGCCUUCCACGUCAGCUACCUGGACAUUGAAGAGCUGAGUGUGAGUGGGCUCUGCCAGUGCCUAGUGGAGCUGUCCACCCAGCCAGCCACUGUGUGUCACGGCUCUGCAACCACCAGGGAGGAAGCCCGAGGCGAGGCUGCUCGCCGUGCCCUGCAGUACCUAAAGAUCAUGGCGGGCAGCAAGUAGAGCCCCAGCUGGACUCACACACAUGCGCCCUUUGCCCCCUGUUCUGCCUCUGGGCUCAUGCACCUGCCCAUCCUCGUGCCCUGUGGAGGUGCUGUCUCUGUCUGACGCAGACUACCUUGAGACUGAGGAGGGCACUGGGCAGGGAGCCAGGGACCACAGGGCCUGUAGCCUGGGAUCCGUCCUCAUCCUGUGGGUGACAUGAGCAGGAAGGAAAUUGGGGCUCCACUGGAGUCCAGAAUAAAUGUGUACUCCUUG